CUGCCCUUUAUAGGUUCCCCGAAAUUUUCACUAACAUGGUUCGUCGAUUUGGCUCAUGACAAUACCAAACUGAUCUACCUAAAACUGUGCUUUCAGCUGAACAACUCUUUUAUAUUCUUCUUUGGUGAUCAUGGGCCACGUUUCGGUUCGGAAGCUGGCACGAAAUUUGGUGUUCGCGAACAGAACAAUCCAUUCCUCUAUGUGGUACUGCCAAAGCAUUUGCGACAUAAAAAAGUUUAUCAGCAGAUGUUGAGAAACAGUCAAGAACUCGUCACUCAUCACGAUCUUCAUUCCACCCUCGAGGAUAUCCUCUAUGUGAGUAUUUAA